AUGGCGCUCUCCGAAUCUGUGAGUCGUGGGAGCUUAUUGCUUUGGCCUCGCGUGGUACUAUUUGGAGACUCCAUCACCCAGUCAUCAGCAUCCAGUGUGGAUGCCCAAGAUGUCCUCGGCAAGCAGAACCUAUUCGGUCACUGUCCAGAAGAGAAUCCAAAGCAGCACAUUCCAUUGGAGGAGUAUGUUGCAAAUUUAAAGAGCAUGGUGCAGUACCUGAAGUCUGUGGACAUCCCUGAGAGUAGAGUUAUUCUCAUCACACCACCUCCUCUUUGUGAAACAGCUUGGGAAAAGGAGUGCGUCCUACAAGGUUGCAAAUUAAAUCGCCUGAACUUGGUUGUUGGUGAAUAUGCCAAUGCUUGUUUACAAGUAGCCCGAGACUGUGGGACUGAUGUACUUGACCUGUGGACCCUGAUGCAGAAGGAUAAUCAGGAUUUCUCAUCCUAUUUAUCAGAUGGACUACAUUUAUCGCCAAAGGGAAAUGAAUAUCUGUUCUCACACCUUUGGCCUUUGCUGGAGAAGAAGACCUCUUCCCUGCCUUUGCUUCUUCCUUACUGGCGGGAUGUAGUAGAAGCAAAACCUGAACUAAGCCUUCUGGGAGAUGGGGACCAUUAG